AUGACCAGUGUGACAUGGACUAUCAACAGCAAAUUCUUGCAGCACAUACUGGAUGCGACGCGGAUGGAAGAAUUGGAUAUACUCAAGAAGAGAAAGCCUCCAUGGCCGAAGGAGUCUCGCAAGCGUUCUGGAAAGAAACGCACGCCCGCGCCAUCUACCUUCAACUCAUCGACUGCGGGAAGGUCCCCAACUUCGACACUGCCGGAGAGCGAGCAGCUUAAAUCGUUCUGCAAGAAGGUCUCACUCACGUACGAGGACUUCAACGACCUCAGUCUGAGCAUCAAGCCGGAGGACUAUGUGAAGGACCGCAGACGAUAUCGCUUCAAACAGUUUGCGCGCAAAUCCGCACGCCUUUCCGGCGAUCGCCUUGGACAAAGAGGCCGAGCCCCAACAAAUGAAGGUCCACGAAGACGGAGCAUUGACCUCGUGGGCGAGCAAGACGAGACGACUGAUGCCGUCACGGUCGGGCAGCAGUCUCCGAUUGCGGAAGAAGGCGACGCGACGCCGGCCAACUUUGAUGAUCGCAACGAGCAGAAUGCGGAGCUGAUUUGGACGACGUCUGAGUCAGGUCGAGCGCGGCAUGAAGGCGCAGGCCAACGACAAGAAGGCGACGCGCCAUUCGAAGCGGGAGGAGCCGAUGCGGAGGCAUAUAUCCUCACCGUACCCGUGUGCUGCAUUGGGCGAAACUUCUGCGACAGCCGACAUGAUCCGCUCGCCCAUCCACACAAGUCACGGCCAACGAUAGUGGGCGAGCGGAAGAAGUCCAUUCCCGCGCCGAAGCCCUCUGCGGAGCAGGCAGCAUAUCUUCGCCAUCUGCUCGCUGAUGUCCACGCACCUAAUGGAAACCGGCUUGCAGUGCUGCAGCAUACAAUUGCGGGGAGUACCCAUUAUCGCGUCCACGGGCCGGAGGUGGAAUAUGAUGCUAACGGUGAAGCCUGGGACGACAGCUACGAGUCGGACAGUGACAUCUCGAUCAGCACGGUUUCAUCCAUCGCAUCCCCGACGGCCUCUCCCUCGUCUCGCAGGGCAUCCUUGGAGGAUCUGCGGAAGCCCGUAGUUCGGCCUGCGAAGGGACCGACUCGUUUCCCGGUUACUAAGGUCGCACGCUUAAAAUAG